UAGCCAAAGUUGAAUUUUCUAUAGCAUAAUAGUCUAUGAUCUUGUAAAAGUCGCACACAGUCUAUAAAAUACACAAGUUUGCUACCAGCCUUGAUCGAAAGGUGUUGCUGAAAAAUGGGAGGGGUGAAGCUGGUUGCUACAACUCAAAGCUUUUUCUGCACUAGGGUUCAGUGGGCUCUGAAGCUCAAAGGCGUGGAGUAUGAGAUAAUAGAAGAAGAUUUAAGAAACAAGAGCCCCAUCCUGCUCAAGUAUAACCCAGUCUACAAGAAGGUCCCGGUGCUUGUGCACGAUGACACACCCAUUGCUGAGUCACUUGUGAUCCUUGAGUACAUCGAUGAGACAUGGAAGGAGAACCCCUUACUUCCUCAGGACCCUUGUGACAGAGCCGCAGCUCGCUUUUGGGCUAAGUUUGCUGAUGAGAAGGUUGUGUUUGGAGUAUGGACAGCUUGCACGACGGAAGGAGAAGGGAAGGAGAAGGCAAUAGAGGCUGCUCUAGAAUCACUAGCUCAUCUUGAGAAGCAGAUUGAAGGGAAGAAGUUUUUUGGUGGAGAACAAAUAGGGUAUCUGGAUUUAGUACUGGGUUGGAUACCUCAUUGGCUCAAUACUAUGGAAGAAGUUGGAGGCAUGAAGCUACUUGAAGCCGAGAAGUUCCCAUGUCUCCUUGAAUGGGGUCAAAACUCAAAACUUCAUCCAUACUCCACUAAUCAAAGAAUGCAUUCCACCCAGAGAGAAGCUUAUCGAAUACUUGACCGCUAGCCUCAGCUACUUGCGUUCCUUAGCGGCCAAAAAACCAUGAUCUCAUGCUCGUCAGUUUGGUUUUCUAAAUGAUUUAGAUUCAUAUAAACUAUUUUUGGUUUCAGGCUUUCAGGGUUCUUGUCCUAGUUGUAGAGUGUGUCCUGUGUCACACUACACUCUAGCGAUCUGAUCAGUUCUUUGUUUUUUGGGUCUCCCUCUUGCUUAUGUUUUUCUCCAGAAAUAAAAUGAUGCAUUGUUUUGA